CAAUAUAAUUAAUUAAAUUAUCAGCACUGUAUUAUGUAUAUCUGUACGUGUAUUCAUUACUUUCGCACAUGUAUGUGUAUCGUUGAAUGUUUUUUCUCUUGUGCUAUCGCUGUAGAGUGUAAAAAUAGUUAAGAGACCGACCAUCAGACGAACUGUCAUGUUUUCGACCAAACGUUUCUGACACAAACAAAUUCUAACCAACAACUCCGAUUACGUAUAACAUGCACGACAAUGAGAGCAGAGUGGGAGAUGAGCAUCGCAGCUUACGUUAACUGCCUCUGCGCAUUACUUACGAGCUACUGUUAGAGUUGAUCUGUCAUUUCCCGGGCAUACUUGAUAAUAUCGUUUCUGUGUAUCGUUGCUGUGUUAAAAAAAUGUCACUUACGUUUCUUGCGCUUUUCGCGGGCGCGUUUUCGCUGCUUUGCUUUUACCUGUAUCUGAAACACAACUAUUGGAAAAGAAAGGGAAUUCCAACUGUCAAAGGAUGUGUCCCACUUCUGGGCCACAUGUUGCCUAUAAUAAGGAAACGUAUAAAUUUCUCCGAAUUGAUUCAUCUGGCUUACAAGGAGCACAAGGAUCACAGCAUGGUCGGGAUCUACAAAGGAACGAAGCCAGUGUUAAUCAUUCGGGAUCCUAAUCUGGUGAAAAUGGUGCUGCAAAAUAAUUUUUCCAAUUUCCACGAGAACGGACUCAAAAUUUUACCAGAGGCUGAUCCUCUUUUAGCUAAAAAUCCGUUCUUCUGUUACGGAGAACCAUGGUCGACCGGCAGGAAGCGUCUGACCUACGCGUUUUCCAACGUAAGAUUGAAGACUCUCUUCGUAGCUGUUAGCGGAGUGUGCAAAAAGUUCGAGGAUUUCCUGAACAGACGACUGAAAACGAGCAACAAGUACGAAGUCGAUAUGAAAACGUUAUUCUUGAGGUUCACCAGCGAGGUUGUGACGAACGCUGGUUUAGGCAUCGAGGGAUACUCUUUCGAAGAUGACGCUGGGGCCAGUGCCUUUCAUAAACUUGUCGGAAGCACGUUCACGGAAUCGUUGAGAACCAUAAUCGCGUUCCAUUAUCCGAGUAUCAAUCGUCUGCUGAAAUUCAAUGUGCUGCCUAAAUCAGUGGAUGGUUUAUUCCGCAAGACCGUCAGCGAAAAUUUAAAAAUCAGGAGAAACGCCUCCACACCUAGGAAUGAUUUCCUUCAAUUGAUGAUCGACAUGGAGAAGACCGGAGAGGUGAUCGACGAAGAGACUGUAUCGGCACAUGCAGUUUCCUUCUAUCUCGAUGGAACAGAGACGUCCAGCAUUACGUUGAAUUUCAUUGCUCACAACUUGGCCGCUCAUCCGGAGAUUCAAGAGAAACUGAGAAAGGAAGUGAGGUCGGCGAUCGAGAAGCAUGGCGGUUUGACGUUCGAGGCACUGAAGGACAUGACGUAUAUGAAUCAAGUGAUUAGCGAGUCUCAAAGACUUCACCCGGGUCUUGGUUUCUUACACAAAACGUGCACCGAGGAAUUCGAGCUCCAAGGGUCAGAUGGACUGACCUAUCGCAUAAAACCUGGCACCGAAAUUGUCAUAUCCGUUUCCGGUCUGCACGGUGAUUCUAACUACUGGGUCGAUCCGGACGUUUUCGAUCCGGAACGAUUCAACGACGAGAGGAAACAAACUAUAGAGAAAAUGACGUUCCUUCCAUUCGGCGAAGGGCCGAGAAUCUGCGUUGGAAUGAGAAUGGCACUGCUACAGAUGAAGGCUUGUUUGGCUAGUUUGAUGAACAACUAUAAAUUGGAAUUGUCACCAAGGACGCAGGUUCCACUACAGAUAUCUCCGCAUUAUUUUAUGUCGGAACCGAUUGGCGGAAACUGGGUGUACAUCUCUAAGCUUUGAACUUGUCGUGAGGACAUUUUAAAAAUUUGCACGUAACAUUUAUAUCAAUAUUUACAUCACGAACAAAAUUUCACGACGAAGUCUUAGUAAAUCUAAUAAAUCUUUCUGCUACGUUAGCUAGCUAUCUUUAAGCAAGCAUGUGUGAUAUCGUUAUUUUUGUUUACCGGUAGUAAAUUACGAUUUGUAAUUGUGUAAUAUAUAAUACUAGCGGCGACAAUAUUGACGACAGAUGAGUAUGUAUCUUGGUAAGGAAAUUAGGCCGCGUGUGCCAGAUGAAAGAUGCCUUCGAUUUGUAUCAGAAUUUCAAAGACAGGAAGCGUCACCCGAAAUGCAUUUGAAAAACUAGUAAAUGCAAAGAAAGAGAAACGACGUUACGACCAUCGAGGAAUCAACGUUUUCCUGCUACCAGUUGUAAAAAUAUGACAUUUAUCUUCUUACUUCUCUUAUCACUGAUAUCUGAAUCUUUCGCAAUCGACUUGUAUAAUUUCUCAACAUCGUUCUAAAUAAAUGAAAUUCUUAAAACCAA